CAUCGUCGCAGCCCCCGCGUAAACUCGUCGAGAGAUCGUCAAAAAGUUUUACUUUUUUUCCUCUCUUUGUCUCUACCACUCACUCGAGAGUAAUCGCAUGCCGAAGCUUAAAGUCUGAUCCGCGAAUGGACUCAAGAUUGGACGGAGAGAUGCGUCGGUGCCAAGGGACCGCACGUGCAGCUCGAAAUCCAUGAGAUCCGCGUUUAUGGCUGCCACGGAAUUGCAUUUGAUCGCCUCCCUUCUUCGGCUUCUUGUCGUGACAAAGUUUAUUCGUAUUGGUAUCGCCGAUAAGAAUGACAACCCUCCAUACUUCGAUAAAGCUCUGUACGAGGCGGAAGUCGACGAGAAUGAAGAUAUCCAACACACCGUCCUCACCGUCACCGCCAAAGAUCACGAUGAGUCGUCCCGUAUUCGAUACGAGAUCACGAGCGGUAACAUAGGAGGAGCUUUCGCCGUCAAGAACAUGACGGGAGCGAUUUAUGUAGCAGGCGCUUUGGAUUAUGAAACGAGAAAGCGGUAUGAGCUGCGUCUUGCUGCAUCAGAUAACCUUAAAGAAAACUACACAACGGUGGUGAUCCAUGUCAAGGAUGUUAACGACAACCCCCCAGCGUUUGAAAGACCGACGUAUCGGACGCAAAUCACGGAAGAGGACGACCGGAAUUUACCAAAACGCGUCCUACAGGUUACCGCAACAGAUGGUGACAAAGAUCGUCCCCAGAAUAUCGUCUACUUCCUCACGGGUCAAGGAAUCGAUCCGGACAAUCCGGCCAACAGCAAGUUUGACAUUAACCGAACCAACGGAGAAAUUUUUGUUCUUAAGCCGUUAGAUCGUGAUCAACCAAAUGGUCGUCCACAAUGGCGUUUUACAGUUUUCGCUCAAGACGAAGGUGGUGAAGGUCUUGUGGGUUACGCGGACGUUCAAGUUAACUUAAAAGACAUUAACGAUAACGCCCCGAUUUUCCCUCAAGGUGUUUAUUUCGGUAAUGUUACUGAAAACGGCACGGCAGGUAUGGUGGUGAUGACGAUGACGGCUGUCGAUUACGAUGAUCCUUCGGAAGGAACCAAUGCGCGACUUAUCUAUUCGAUCGAGAAAAAUGUGAUUGAAGAAGAAACCGGUUCGCCAAUUUUCGAAAUUGAAUCGGAAACGGGAGUGAUAAAAACGGCGGUAUGUUGUCUUGAUCGCGAAAGAACUCCCGAUUAUUCGAUACAAGUGGUCGCGAUGGACGGUGGCGGGUUAAAAGGGACGGGUACGGCUUCGAUUAGGGUAAAAGACAUUAACGAUAUGCCGCCUCAGUUUACUAAAGAUGAGUGGUUCACCGAAGUGGAUGAAACCGAUGGUACAACGUUACCCGAAAUGCCGAUUUUAACGGUUACCGUGCACGAUGAGGACGAAACGAACAAGUUUCAAUACAAAGUGAUUGAAAAUAGUGGAUAUGGUGCCGAUAAAUUUACGAUGGUGCGUAAUAAUGAUGGUACGGGGUCGUUGAAAAUAGUUCAACCGUUGGAUUACGAAGAUCUUCUUCAAAGUAAUGGGUUUAGGUUUAGAAUACAGGUUAACGAUAAAGGGGAGGAUAACGACAACGAUAAAUAUCACGUGGCUUAUUCGUGGGUGGUUGUGAAAUUAAGAGACAUUAACGACAAUAAACCGCAAUUUGAAAGACCGAACAUCGAAGUUUCCGUCUUUGAAAACGCCGAAGUUGGGAAGAGCUUAGAAACGUUUAAAGCCACAGAUCCGGAUCAAGGUGGAAAAAGUAAAGUCUCGUAUGCUAUAGAUAGAUCGUCCGAUCGAAAACGACAGUUUUCUAUUAAUCAAGAAGGAACUGUUAGUAUUCAAAGAUCUUUGGAUCGAGAAGAUACCCCGAGGCAUCAAGUGAAAAUUUUAGCGAUUGAUGAUGGGGUUCCACCAAAAACAGCAACCGCUACUUUAACGGUUAUCGUCCAAGAUAUUAAUGAUAACGCCCCAACUUUCUUAAAAGAUUAUAGACCUGUUUUACCAGAACACGUUCCUCCAAGAAAAGUCGUUGAAAUUUUAGCAACUGAUGAUGAUGAUAGAUCAAAAAGCAACGGCCCCCCUUUCCAAUUUCGAUUGGACCCAGGCGCGGAUGACAUCAUUAGAGCUUCAUUCAAAGUAGAACAAGAUCAAAAGGGAGCUAACGGUGAUGGUAUGGCCAUCGUUUCUUCAUUACGCUCAUUCGAUAGGGAACAACAAAAAGAAUAUUUAAUCCCAAUUGUAAUCAAAGAUCACGGUAAUCCAGCCAUGACUGGAACGAGCACUCUCACCGUCGUAAUCGGCGAUGUAAACGACAAUAAAAUGCAACCGGGAGCUAAAGAUAUAUUUGUUUAUAACUAUCAAGGGCAAGCCCCCGAAACUGAAAUAGGUAGGGUUUACGUUUACGACUUAGACGAUUGGGAUCUCCCCGAUAAAAAGUUUUAUUGGGAAACAACCGAGCACCCCAAAUUCAAAUUAAACGAAGAAACUGGGAUGAUUUCGAUGCGACACGGAACUAGAGAUGGAAAGUAUAAUCUUAGAUUCAAAGUUUACGAUCGAAAACACACCCAAAAUGAUGUACCUGCGAAUGUUACCGUUAUUGUUAAAGAGAUACCUCACGAAUCGGUUGUUAAUUCGGGUUCGGUCAGGAUAUCGGGGUUAACGGAUGAAGAUUUUAUCAGAAUAUGGAAUUAUAAAACUCAAAGUUUAUCUAAAAGUAAAGUUGAAAAGUUCAAAGAGAAAAUUGCAGAUUUAUUAAAUAUCGAUCGAGAUAAUGUUGAUGUGUUUAGCGUGCAAUUACGAAGAAAACAUCCCCCAGUUACUGAUAUUAGAUUUUCCGCAAACGGGCCUCCUUAUUACAAACCGGUGAGGUUAAACGGGAUAGUUUUAAUGCACCGUGAAGAAAUUGAAAAAGAAGUUGGAAUUAAUAUCACAAUGGUCGGGAUUGAUGAAUGUUUAUAUGAGAAUGUGAUGUGCGAAGGAUCGUGUACAAAUACGUUAGAUAUAAGUGCCUUGCCUUACAUGGUGAAUGCGAAUAAGACGUCUUUGGUUGGAGUUAGAGUGGACGUCUUAGCAGAAUGUACAUGUGGAGCUAGAAACUUUAGCAAAGAAGAAAAUUGUAGGAAUAAUCCUUGUUAUAACGGCGGGAGAUGUAUCGAAAAUAGAUAUUCAUUAAAAUGUUCUUGCCACCCGGGAUAUAGCGGCCCAAGGUGCCAACAAACAGCAAGAAGUUUUAGAGGAAACGGUUGGGCGUGGUAUCCGCCUCUAGAAAUGUGUGAUAAUUCCCACUUACACUUUGAAUUUAUCACCAAAAAACCAGACGGAUUACUUUUAUAUAACGGCCCAAUCGUUCCUCCCGAAACUGAUGAAAUGAUGGUUUCUGAUUACAUCGCGGUGGAAUUAGAACGAGGUUAUCCAAGAUUACUCUUAGAUUUCGGAUCAGGUACUUUAGAAUUGAGAGUAAAAACAAAGAAAACUCUCGAUGAUGGUGAAUGGCAUCGAUUAGAUAUAUUUUGGGAUACAGAAAACGUAAGAAUGGUGGUUGAUUACUGCAAAUCGGCCGAAAUUAGUGAGUUAGAAGAUGGAACCCCACCCGAAUUCGAUGAUAGUACUUGUCAAGCACAAGGAACCAUUCCACCUUUUAACGAAUACUUAAACGUGAACGCUCCUUUACAAUUAGGUGGUUUAUACGUCGAACAAUUCGAUCCAACCCAUUAUCACUGGCAAUAUAUGCCAGUUGGAAAAGGAUUUGAUGGUUGCAUCAGAAACCUUUUCCAUAACUCUAAAUUAUACGAUUUAGCUCAACCUGGAUUAUCCCGAAAUAGCGCGCCGGGAUGUCCUCAAACAGAAGAAGUUUGCUCAAGAUCUGACGCCACCUCAAGAUGCAACGAACACGGUACUUGCGUUGGAAGUUUUAAUGAAGCGAAAUGUAAAUGCCAACCAGGUUGGACUGGUCCUGCUUGCACCGUCAGGACAACGCCCACAUCAUUCAAACCCCAAUCAUACGUUAAAUACGCGCUUAGUUUCGAACCAGAUCGAUUUUCAACUCAAAUCCAAUUAAGAUUUAGAACGCGGGAAGAACACGGAGAACUUUUUAGAGUCGCGGAUCAACAUAACCGAGAAUACGGAAUUUUAGAAAUUAAAGAUUCCAGAUUACAUUUCCGCUACAACCUCAAUUCGUUAAGAACUGAAGAAAGGGAUAUUUGGUUGAGUGCUGUUGCUGUUGAUGAUGGUCAAUGGCACGUUGCUAGGGUAAGCAGGUACGGAUCAGCGGCUACAUUAGAAUUAGAUGGAGGGGAAGGAAGAAGAUACAACGAAACUUUCACUUUUACCGGACAUCAAUGGUUAUUGGUUGAUAAACAAGAAGGAGUUUAUGCUGGUGGAAAAGCUGAGUACACCGGAGUUAGAACAUUUGAGGUUUAUGCUGAUUAUCAAAAAGGUUGUUUAGAUGAUAUUCGAUUAGAAGGAAAACACCUUCCUCUUCCCCCCGCAAUGAAUGGAACUCAGUGGGGUCAGGCAACGAUGGGACGCAACCUGGAGAAGGAAUGUCCCUCGAACAAACCAUGUGCAAACGUGAUCUGCCCUGAGCCGUUCGAAUGCGUGGACUUGUGGAACGACUACGAGUGCACUUGCGGCGAGGGCAGGGUGAUGUCGCAGGACAGCAAGGACUGCACGGACAAGGACGAGUGCCUCGAUCUGCCGUGUCUAAACGGUGGCACGUGCAUCAACCAGGAACCGAGGUUGCGAUAUCGGUGUAUCUGUCCGGACGGCUUCUCCGGGGACAAUUGCGAAGCCGAACAGCAAAGCAGGACGCUCAAACUCAGUAUGGGUGCAUUGGCAGCCAUCCUGGUCUGUCUACUCAUUAUCCUAAUCCUCGUUUUGGUCUUUGUCGUGUAUAACCGGCGGAGGGAAGCCCACAUUAAGUAUCCAGGACCGGACGAUGACGUCAGGGAGAAUAUCAUUAACUAUGAUGAUGAGGGAGGUGGUGAAGAUGAUAUGACUGCGUUUGACAUCACUCCGCUACAAAUUCCAAUAGGGGGACCUUUACCAGAAUUAGCACCACCUAAAAUUGGAUUUAAUAUCAUCGGAUUAACUCAAGAACCCAAUGUAGGGAUAUUCAUUGAAGAGCAUAAGAAGAGGGCCGAUAGCGAUCCAAACGCUCCUCCUUUCGACGAUUUAAGGAAUUACGCUUAUGAAGGUGGUGGUAGUACCGCGGGAUCGUUAAGUUCUUUGGCUUCAGGAACUGAUGAUGAAGUUCAAGAAUACGAUUAUUUGGGAGCUUGGGGACCGAGAUUCGAUAAAUUGGCAGACAUGUACGGUCCUGGCGAAGAAACCGAACAAGAGGAGGAAUAAAUAACCCAAAUUAACGAAAACAUAAUAAAUAGUAAGAACGUAAAAGUGAAGAAACCAAAAAAUAAAGUGACGGACAUUCCUUUUUCGACACCAAACUCUAAAACUUUCGAAAAAUAAAUUAACACAUUAAAAAUUCAUUCUUAAAAAAACAUUUUUAAAAAGAACUUUAUAAGGAACUUUAAGAGAAACUUUGAGGACUAAAAAGAAAACCCAUCACGCUUCACCACCUUCACGAAAAUAACUUACAUUCACUCACACACACGCCCCCCCCCAAAAAAAAAAAAAAAAAAGAUGUAACGUGUUACCACAUAAGACUGUCUUGGCCGGAAGCGGUCAUGUUAAGAGUAAAGUUUUAAAAGAAAUUAAACUAUAAGAAGUAAACGAAAAAAAAUCGUAUAAAUGAAAUAAUAUUGUAAUAUCCGUAGGGAAAUAUGAAUUAUUACCAAACGAUUAUUAUUAAUUAAUUAAUUAUUAUUAAGUUUAAUUAGAUCGAUCUUUCCCAAAGUAAUCCUGUUUGAUUUUUUUCGCACCAACUCUAGGUGAUAUAAUUAAUUAAACGUUUUAUUAUAAAAAAAUGAAUCUCCACUGCCAAUACUCAUCCGAUUAUUAUUUAAUAAUAACGUUGUAAUAUAUAAUUAUUUAGAAAUUAAGAUGAAAAGAUACCAAAGAGGCACUAAUUGUGUCAUCAUUUCAAACAGGCUUAAUUUUGAAAGGGGAGAUCUAAAAGAAUUUUACACAAAAACUAUUAAAAAAAAAAAACAAUUAUUUGUUUUUGUACUUAAUUUAUAACAAAAAAUUAAAUUAAAAUCAGUUUUGAAUGAAAUCGUAUAGUUUUUGUGUAAAACUGCAAAUACUUUAAUCGCGUAUCUUUAAUUAAUUAAUUUUAAAUUAAACGAAUAAGUUUAAUUAUUCGCCACUGAGCCAGUAUUCCUACAAAAAAAAAGAAUCUUAGUUAUUAAACUUUAAUUAAAAAGAAACCAAGUGUAAAGUAGUCUCACUAUAACUAGGCGAAAAUUUAAGCAAGAAAAAUUACGAAAGAAAAAAAAUACUAGAAUACGCAUAAUCCGCAAACCCUAAGAUUACGAAGUAAAAAUAAGGGAUGAGGGAAGAAAGAGAGCUUCGUGAACGUUUUAUUAAAUGUAUAUAGACACAACAUUACGAAGACUAAUGUAUACACGAAAAUCGAGUUUUUCAACAUUAAGAUUCUCCCCAAAAAAUAAUAAUUUUGAUUUAAUUUUAUUAAUUUAUUUUUUUAGCACGAAUACUAAAUAAAUAAGUCAUAAUUAAAUAUUUAUAUAAAUUAUAUCAUAUAUAGGAUCGAUGUAUAGUGUUACUGUUAAAAGAAAAGUGAGUCAUCAGAAAAGAUUAAACAGUUAAAAAAGACCUUCUUAUAUAUGAUAUAGAUGUUGCCAUAUUUAUAUAUACACAGUUAUUAGUCGAUUAAUAUUUUUAUUUUUAUUAUUCUUUACCAUUCUUUUGAAAGAAAUCACUAACGAGACAGCUCACUAGUAUUUUUUAAUGUGUUUGUAGGUAUGUAUAUAGAAAAAAUACAGAAAAAAAGCGCGAGAGUGUGUGUUUCAAAUGAGAUUGGAAGAGUCAGUGCCAAUUACUCAUUAACUUAUUAAAUGUAACAACUUCUCGAAUGCUGUGUAAGAAUAAUUAUUAUUAAAAUGAAAGGAAAUAAUUAAUUAAUAAAAAAAAAGAAAAAAACGAUAAUCCGAUUAUGUGUUUGCACUUGUGUAUUGAUAAAGAGGACAAAAAAAAAUUAUUAAGAAUACCGCGACGGAAAUAAUUAUUAAAUUGGGUAAGUCUCUCUGCGUAUACUUAAAAAUAAUCUUUGUAUUUAAUUAUUAUCAUUAUCAUCUUAUUAGGUAACCAUUUGUCCGAAAAAAUAUUUCUCAUUUUAGAAAUACAAAAAAAAACGACUUAUUUUCCGUCUUUUAUCGAGUGUUUUCUAGUGAUCCUAUAUUUAUCUCGUAAGAAACCGUAGAUUUACCGUCUUAAAAUUUUCUUUUGUAAAGAAUUAUUUUAAAAAUGAUUUAUUUCAAUAUAACUAUGUAAAAAUAA